UUUGUUCGCUGUAUACAAAGAUUUGGCAGCUUGAGAGCCUGUAGUUGAAUUAUAGAGUUAUGGGUAUUGCAGUGAAUGCACAGUACUGGUGGGCACUGAGGAGGCAACACAUGGCCAUGGCUUCCAUGCCUUCUCCUCUUCCAAUUCCCAAUGCCGUUGCUGAAAACAGAGCAAAGCAAUGCUCACAAGAUGGAGUGAAAGCAGGGGCAAAGGCAGCCGCAAUUGCAUUUGUCGCAUCUGCAAUCCCCGUGAUAAUGGGAGCACGGGCCAUUCCUUGGGCAAGGACGAAUCUUAACUAUGCAGCUCAGGCACAUAUCAUCUCUUUAGUCACUGGAGCAGCUUAUUUCGUCGUAGCAGACAAGACUAUUUUGGCCUCUGCACGGAAAAACUCUUUUGAAAAACUUGCAAAUCGCAUCGAAUCUCCCCUGUGAAUAAUAAGAUUAAUUGGGGAUAUAACUAUACAGAAAUAAACAAGUGAGCCUGGAAGAAUGGCUGGAUGUUGUUUUAAAAUUGUAGGAUGAAAGAUGGGUAUAAAUGAAAAAUUACCAAGUUAACUUCUCACCAUUUGUGAGAUAGAAUGGAAAAUGUCAGAAUGAAUGUGGUUUUCUCGGCAUGCUUGGCAAAGAAGUUCAUUGUUAGAACUGGAUUUUAUGUUAACGCACCAAAAAAUAGUCAUUCCACGCACCAGAGUCGAUAAACGAAGUUGC